GCAGGAGCCAUGUGUCAGGUGGGCGAGGACUACGGGGGGCCCGGACCGGCGGAGCUCCAGCCGAAGCUGCCCUGGCGCGGAUUUUCUCUUUAUUGUGGUGAUUUUGAACCACACUUGAAAAAUCUCCAGGAUGUGCCUGCAAUUAAGAGUACUUACAACUAGGGGUGGGGUGGAAGAGAAGGACCUGGAAAUCCCAGAAGCUAUCAACUAUUCUUCAAGUACCUUGCUUUGUGAUUGACUUUGAUUCUAAAACCUAUGGAUCCCAAGACUCAGGCAGACUGAGAACCACCUUAUUAUUUGACCUGGAGAGACCAUUUGCACUUGCAUAGGAAUGCAGAAUAUUGUACGAUAAACCACAAUUUGGGGUCCUAGGCUUCUGAAGCUGUGAACAGAAAUGUAUGAAGUGCAAGGAGGGUUUGCCAGUCUUAAUCAUCCGCGCUGGAGACGCUUUCUGCAAAGACUGUUUCAAGGCAUAUUAUGUUCACAAGUUCCGAGCAAUGCUAGGAAAGAAUCGACUGGUCUUCCCAGGAGAGAAGGUCCUUCUUGCAUGGUCGGGUGGUCCCUCGUCCAGCUCAAUGAUCUGGCAAGUCCAAGAGGGGUUGAGCCGAGAGUCUGCAAAGAGGCUCCGCUUUGUGCCAGGCAUCAUUUACAUCGAUGAGGGAGCAGUUUGUGGUCAGAGCCCAGAGGAGAGAGCAAAGACCGUGGUCGAAAUGAAGCUGAUCCUGCAGACAAUUGCCUUUCCAUACCACAUAGUCUCAUUAGAAGAGGUUUUUAACUUGCCCACGUCAGUCUUACAGCCUGUUUCCCAGGGCCCCAGAGGGUUUGAGAAUACCUACAAGGAAGCCGUGGAUGGCUUUAUCCAGCAGCAGCAGCAGCAGCAGCAGAGAGCACCAGAGGAAGGGGGAGGAGAAGCUGUCCUGAGUGAUGAGCAGAUCCAGGAAAAGCUGAGACAGCUUAGCACCCAGGACCCUGUGGGACAAGAGGAAGUCGCUGGUGACAGCCUCCCCAGACCAGCACAAACCACAGCUUUAAUGACUCUCUUCAGCUCGGUGAAGACACUGACUGCCAGAGAGGAGCUUCUGCAGACCCUUCGGGCCCACCUGAUCCUGCAUGUAGCUCGCGUGCAAGGCUAUACCAAAGUGAUGCUAGGUGACAGCUGUACCCGCCUGGCCAUCAAACUCAUGACCAAUUUGGCGCUGGGGAGAGGGGCUUUCCUUGCCUGGGACACAGGCUUCUCGGAUGACCGGCAUGGGGAUGUGGUCAUGCUUCGUCCCAUGCGAGACUACACAUUGAAGGAGAUUGCUUUUUACAACAGGAUGUUUGGAGUUCCCUCUGUCUUCACCCCAGCCAUUGACACCAAGGCCCCAGAAAAGGCAAGUAUCCACCGGCUGAUGGAGAGCUUCAUCCUCAGAUUACAGGCCCAGUUCCCUUCCACCAUCAGCACCGUGUACAGGACGAGCGAGAAGCUGGUGAAGGCUCCCCGAAAUGGGGAUGCGGCUGGCGCUGCGACCGCCCGCUGCCUCCUCUGCAUGUGUGCUCUGGACAUUGACAGCACAGACAGUGCUACUGCAUUUGGAGCCCAGACCUUGGAGCGUCUGGCCCAGAAACUUUCACCUGCCCCUGUGCUGCCCACAGGGGCUCCCGGGAGGCCUUGCUGCACCAAAGGGACCAGGCUGCAGCCGGGCUGUUGCCGAGACACACGGCCGUCGUCUGAGAGGGAGGAGCCCAGAGCCAGCUUCAUUGAGCAGCUUUGCUAUAGCUGCCGUGUGAACAUGAAAGACGUGCCCUUCCUGGAGCCUUUUCCUCCCUACAUCCUAAUGGAGUCCCAGUGCCGAAGCCAGAGGGCCUGGGAAAAGCAGGAGGUCCAAGAAUUCUUGUUUGAGGAGAGUGAGGAGGAAGCUCUUCAUCCCCUGGGAUUCUCGCCCCAGUUUUGAUGGCCUAUCCAGACCCUUCCCGACCCCACGUGGGAGGCCACCCAUACAAUCCGACAGGGCCUCCUGCCCCGGGGCUGCCGUUUCUCAUCUCAGCGGCUGAGUGUUGGUGUGGCUUCUCUGAAGCUGAGGGACGAGGACCACUGGCAUCUCCCCUGAAACAUACCCAUUGUCUCCUGGAGCUCCAUCAGUGCUCGUUUUUUUUCCCCACAAAAACUGGUCAUUUCAGCUAGUAAGGAUUGGGGGGUGGGGUGUGAGGUAAGAGAGUGAAGGAGACAAGCUAGGAGAGGUGAGGCCACAACUUGCCAUUUAAUUGUCCGUCUGUAUAAAUAAAUCAUUUUUCAUUA